CUUAGAAUACACUGCAUAUGCCGAAUACAAUGAGCACUCAAGAUCUUGUUCAUGUCUUACUAGUCUCUUAUCCUGCUCAAGGCCAUGUCAACCCUUUACUCAAACUAGGCAAUCUCCUUGCUUCAACUGGCCUUCUUGUCACCUUCUCGACCACAGAAGGUGCUGCAAAUUUCAUGCGAAAAGCUAGCAAAAACAUCGAUGAGCCGACUCCGGUUGGCGAUGGUAUGAUCCGGUUCGAGUUCUUUGAUGAUGGACUAGGCGGAAAUAAUGAGGAUCCGAGACGCGCUGAUCUCGACUUCUACACAGCUCAUCUUGAGCUGCAUGGAAGAGAGGCCGUCACAAGAAUCGUCAAGAAACACGAAGAACAAGGCCGCCCCGUGGCGUGCCUAAUCAACAAUCCUUUCAUUCCAUGGGUUUCGGAUGUGGCGGAAACACUAAACAUUCGCAAUGCGGUGCUUUGGGUACAAUCUUGCGCGUCUUUUUCGGCUUAUUAUCAUUUCCACAACAAACUGGCGCAAUUUCCAUCCGAAUCGGACCCGGAAAUCGAUGUCCAGUUGCCAUCCAUGCCUUUGCUGAAACAUGAUGAGGUUCCUAGCUUCUUGCAUCCUGAAACUCCUUUUCCGGCUUUGGCCAAAGCCAUUUUAGGCCAGUUCGCAAUGCUGUCCAAGACAUUUUGUGUACUCGUGGAAACAUUUCAAGAACUCGAAAGUGAAAUCAUUGAUUACAUGUCAAAAUACUGUCUCAUCAAACCUAUCGGUCCAUUAUUCAAGAAUCCCAAAUCUUCGAACUCUAGCGUUCAAGGCGAUUUCAUGAAAGCUGACGACUGCAUGGAUUUCUUGAACUCCAAGGAACCUGCAACCGUCGUGUACAUAUCAUUCGGCAGUAUAGUAUAUAUAAAUCAGGAACAAAUAAAUGAAAUCGCUUAUGGACUUCUGAAUUCGGGUGUUUCAUUUCUGUGGGUUUUAAGGAAACCUACCCUUUUGGGUCCGGCUGUUGUUUUGCCCGAAAAUUUCUUGGAAAAAAUUGGCGACAAGGGCAAAGUUGUGAACUGGUGCGCACAAAAAGAAGUUCUAGAACAUCCAUCCGUGGCCUAUUUUGUAACACAUUGCGGAUGGAACUCGACGUUGGAGACGAUUACUAGUGGCGUCCCGGUGGUGGCCUUUCCAGCAUGGGGUGAUCAAGUGACGAAUGCAAAGUACUUGGUUGAUGUGUUUGAGGUGGGAGUUAGAUUAGGUAGAGGUAAACAAACUGAAAAGAGUGGUGUUUCGAGGGACCGAAUCGAGAAGUGUUUGAGAGAGGCCAUUGGCCCGAAGGCAGAAGAGAUGAAAAAGAAUGCACUCAAGUGGAAGAAAGCGGCGGAGGAAGCGGUGGCAGAAGGUGGCUCAUCUGAUAGGAAUUUGAAGGACUUUGUGGACAAAAUUAAGAAUGUGUCGAAGUAGGGCUAAUGUCUGACCUACUUGUUGUAAACGUACCUCCCUAAGACCCUAACUAUCAAGGUCUUCUUAAUUAAGUUUAAGACCUGAUAUGGAGAAAUGAAAUAAAUUUUAAUAAUGCUGGUUUUCGAGGCUUGAAAAUCGUA